AUAAUACACACUGAUUUGGAUUUUUUAAGAAGGCAAAUCCGAGUCUGAAAUACGGGGUUCCAGGAGAAGUUGGAAACAAACAAGGAGACGCGUCCCAUCGGCCUUCUCAAUUCAGCCUUUCACACUUAAUUUUCUUCGGGGCAAAGUUACUGCAACUGAUCUAGCUGUUUCAAAAUGAUGGCCGCUCCCACUGUUUUCUCAUCGUCUUCAUCUUCGUCGUCCGCCUCUCGAUGGACUUACGAUGUGUUUUUGAAUUUCAAAGGAGAAGACACACGGAACAACUUGACAAGUGACCUCAAUGCUGCCCUAGUUAGCAAAGGGAUCCGAACAUUUAUGGACAGUGACAGUGAGAAUCUGGAAAUAGGAGAACAGAUCCCUGAAGGUCUCGAAAACGUAAUCAAGGAAUCAAUGUUCGCCAUUAUCAUAUUUUCGGAGAACUAUGCUAAUUCUAAAUGGUGCUUAGAAGAACUCGCCUUGAUUAUGGAAACACAUGGCCAAAAGGUUUUUCCAGUUUUCCUGGAGAAAUUAGAUCCAUCUAAGGUAGAAGGCUGGAGGUCUGGAAAGUAUUUUGAACAGCACGAAACGCGGUUCGGCCGAGAGGUGGUGGAAAGGUUGGGGUCAGCCCUGAUACAAGCAGCUCAAGCCUCUGGAUUUCGCUUAAAAGACUUUGGGAAUCAAAAAAGAGUUGAUUAAAAUGAUAGUGGAACAAGUCCUGAAAGCGCUGAGUGAGAUUCCAGCGGAAGUUCCUCGGCUCUUCAGGGACACUAGAGUCCAGCAGUUAGGGCAGCCGUUGAGGCCACUGGGGCCAUCACGACCAUUGCCGCCGUCGCCGCCGUCGCCACCGUCACCUCCAGCGCCACCGUUUUGACGGUUGUAGCCAAUGGAUCCGUUCUUGGGGCGGAGGUUCUAAAAUUCGGAUCGGUCAAAGUCCUAUCAAUCUGAAUUUGAUUUGAAUCGCAUCGAUUUUACAUUUUAAUAAAAAAUUAUUUGUGUAUUACGUUUUUAUCCUUGGACCGUACCCGUGUAUCAGGAUCGGGGAUCAGUCCAGACGUG